AUGAAAACCUUCGUGUUUUCACCGGCAUUUAUUCACUUUUUGUUGGGCCUAGUAUCCUAUUUGGUCUUCAGUUUCACCUACAGAUGGAUAGGAACCUCAUCUUCUCAAAAUAAGACGCUCAAUGUAACUGAAAGCCGGAAACUUGGUUUGAAAUCUUUGAGAGAAGGCUCGAGCCUGUUUUGCCUGGGUCAUAACAAAUCAACCCGGAUUUGCAAGUUUAGUUAUUUGUGUUACCAUCCAAUUGAAGAUGAAUACUUGUUUUUUCAUGGACCUGAAACAAUUAUUCAUGGGGUCCCAAGUGACCGAUUUAACCCGGCUCUACUUGACAUGUCUUCAGUUGAAGACCACAAUACUCAAUAUUUCAACUAUGUGGACUAUCCUGUUUGUUCCAUUGACAACUUCCCUAAUGUCACGGUGAUCGACGAUUUUAGCUUGAUAUUUCAUAGGUUUAAUCCGGAAAAUAUCAUGCACGUCUUUCAUGAUGAUCUUUUACCCUUGUAUCAUACGUUAAGGCAGUUUUCACGAGAUAUGCUCUCUGUCGAUCUGGGGUUUACCCUUGUUAUGAUGGAUGACCGGAAUGAAGGAACUCAUUUUGAUUUGUACAAACUAUUUACAAAGAAAACAUUGAUUUUGAAAAAAGAACUUCAGAAAGCAAAUCACCUGACAUGUUUUCGCCAUGGAGUUAUCGGCAUAUCAAAGUACACAACUUGGUAUCAAUAUGGUUUUAGGGAACCACAAGGGCAGUUGCCUCAUGUCUCCUUGACUGGGCAAUAUUUGCGACACUUUACAGGUUUUGUCGAAAGAAGGUUGGGACUAGACAACAUUUCACUUUCAUUUCACUCCUCUGAUUCUUCAUAUAUUGUGUUAUGUUCAAGAGAACACAAUCGUUUGAUAACCAAUGAACUGGAUUUGUCAUUAGCGAUUGCUCAGCAGUUCAAUAAGCCGGUUAUUCGAGUAAGCAUGGCUACACAUUCUUUCAAGGAGCAGGUACAGAUCAUAAGUAAAGCCAGCGCUCUUAUUGGAAUGCAUGGCUCAAUGUUGAUUAUGGCAAUGUUUUUACCACCUGGUGCAAGUCUCAUUGAACUCUUCCCAUUUGGCAUCAAUCCUGAUCACUACACUCCAUAUCGUACUAUGGUAGAAUUACCAGAUAUGAAUGUUAUCUAUGCCUCUUGGAGGAAUAAUAUUGAGGAAAAUACUGUUACCUAUCCUCAUGAGGCACCAGAAGUUGGAGGAAUUGACCAUCUUAGCCUGGAAGAACAGAAGGACAUUAUGAAUACGGAGGAGGUCCCACAACAUUUGUGUUGCAGUGAUCCUUACUGGCUUUAUAGAAUUUACCAAGAUACUAUUGUCGAUAUUCAAUCACUUCUGUCAGUUUUGGAAUUCACUAAAAAUAAGCAGAAACUGCUUACUAAUAAAAAGGAGGUUGACCUUAACGGUAAACUCUAUCCAAGCAAGGUAAUUAACCUGACUUGCCAAAUCCCAGUUAAAGAGGCUAAACCAUCUUUGUGGUUGUCAUGGAAACCACCCAUAAAUUUACCAUUUUUGACCACUAAGGAUGUUAAGUAUGAAGUAUGGAUUCAAGAAGUAGGCACUGAAGGUUACAUUGCUUACAUACUUAAUAUAACAGAGUACUUGUUCAAAGAUCACCUCAAAAUGAACACAUCCCAUAAUGUAUGGGUCAGGUGUAUUGUCCUUGAAAAACAAGGUCCUUUUGAGAAGGUUUUAGGCUGCAUGACAUAAUUCUUUUAGGAAUCAAAGAUCUAAUCUUUUCGUCAGUAUUAAAAGAAUGCAAUGAUUUUCUCUUUAAUGCCUGCAGUAGUGCUUAUAUUCUGAUGAUAGUUUAAGAUUCUGUCAUUCUUAUUUAUAUGUUUCGCACUGGUUGACCAGCACUUUUAUUAGACUCACUGCAAAACAGUCCAUAUUUUCACAUAUUCAAGUACGCGAGAGCAGUCAAACAAAAAGGUCUGGAGGGAGCCAGAAAAUGGAGAGUAGGACUGGGGAGAGAUGCUAAGAUCACGGACUGUAUGUUUGGCAUACGUUAUAUUCGUUUGAAUUACCGCUUCUUCCAGCCAUGGGCAAUUGCCAUUGGCUAAAUUUUGAUGCAAACUGUCAAUAAGCUGUCAAGUUAUGUUUUUAACAAGUCAUUUGCAAUGUUCCCAACCUUGAUGAUUUGCUAAGGGGCUGGCCAUUUGACUUUUGAAGGGAGGGGGAGGGGUAUGGGUGAUUUCAGAAACAAAUAUCCUGCAGCCUGAUUUGAGAGAAAAAAAAAUCUUGCAAGGAAAUACCUGGGGGAAAAAAAUAUCCAGCACUGAAAAAAAAUAUGUCUCAUGGUCUAUAGUGCUGGAAAAACAAAUCUUACAACGUUAUAAGUCGAGGAAAAAAUUUUAUCUCCAGAAGUUUGGGCAAAAAAAAUUCUUGCCUCAACCAAAUCACCCAUACCACCCCCUCCCCCCUCCAAAAAAAAGUAAAAUGCUUGACCCCUAAAGCUUUUGCUGUAAAUGAUGGUUGAUGAAGGUCUGGAUUUGCUCACACAAGAAUUGGGAUUUAUUGUAAAAUCAGAGUAGAGGGAAGCUUUCUUUUAGAGGAAAGAAUAUAUUUUUGUGUCUUACCAACAGGUUUUGGCUCUAUUCAAUCACACUAAUAUUGUUCAUUGUCUGUUGGCGUGUUCAGUUUUUGGGAAAGCAUCGCAGCACAGUUUCAAACCUUUGUUCCGCUUGGAGAGCAAACUCUUCUGGAGAAAGAUUCUCCUUCGUCAAGGACAACAAAAAGUUCAUUUUUCAGAAGGUCAACCAACUUUGGUAAUGACUCCCAUUUUUUCUAGUAGGGACAACAAACAUAUUUUCAGAGCUUAUCCAACCACUCUAAAAAUUGGUGAACUUUGUUUUGAAUCAAAAGCCACACAUUCUACAAUUAUCUGAAAUACUUGGCUCUUUAGGCUUUCUCCCUCUUUCAGGAGCAGGCACAGGCUUACAUACUGCUACUUCCACUCAUUUUUGAUCUUCCAGUAAACACUACAUUGCACGGGGAAACAAUGCUAAAGACUGCUUUGGAAUUACUUGAUACAGCAUUUGCCACAAGAGGUGAAGCCAAGGCUUGA